ACAGCUGUGUGAUGUUUUGAUGUCAGAGAGUAAAAAAUAGGAAAAAUACAAAAAUAGUGUCCGGUAUUAGUAAUACUACGACUAGCUGGCUAUGUCGUAACAUAUAUUUUUAUAUCUACUGAGGGAGAGGAGUGGACAUUAUAGAAUAUUUUAUAUUUAUCCUCUGUAGAACUGGAAGAAUUGCUUGCUGUUAAACCAAUCCAAAACAGGGCGGAGGCUGAAUAGUGGCCUUGCAACUUUCGGCCACUUGGUGACAAGAGAAAAUAAUUUUUUCACCCUAGGCUUGCAGUUUUGAUUAACACUUUUUGAUCGACUGAUAUAUAUACAUAUAUAUAUAUAUAUAUAUAUAUAUAUAUAUAUAUAUACACAAGUCUUCUCAGUGAGAUAGGGUAAAACAUUGAUCCUUGCAGACCGAACAAGUAGUGUGAAGUACAUAAACGGACAGCAAAUUUUCAAAAAAGGAAGAAUAAUUAAAUAAUCAUGGAGGACCAGUUGCGAUUGGAGAUUUUAGAAGAACCGACCAGCACCUUCAGAUUCAGGUAUUCGACUGAAAAUCACGGCGCACAUGGCUACAUUGCUGGAGCGAGUUCUUUGAAAAUCAAGAAAACGUUUCCUACCGUCCGACUAUGGGGAUGUCAGAAGCCUGCUGCUGCUAUACGAUGCACCUUGGCGACCAUUGGAGAGGACAAGGAGCACCCAAACCUACUUGUGGCGAGGAAGAAAAAGAAGGAUGUUGAGGAGCCACACAUAGAAGAAGUAAAUGAAGAGAGUAAUUGGGAAGCAAAAUUUAAACUAGGCAUUUUAAGCACCACAAGGAAGCAAGCAAACAAAGUGCUGAGGGCCAAAAAAAUUCGGAGGAGAAAUGAGUGUGGUGUGGUCCAGCCUCACUCUCCCAAGGAUAAAAAACAAAUAGAAAAAGAAGCAGUCUGUGAAGCCAAAGCAGUUAAUCUCAAUGCAGUAAGACUGAGAUUUGAAGCUGUUAACCCGAUCAACAACUCUCCUUUGAUGGACUGUUACGGAAAUCCAUUGGUUGUGUUUUCCACGCCAAUUUUGAACACAAAAUGCGCUGCUAACAAGGAGCUUAAAAUCACCAAGGCUAGUGUGACCUCUGGGACCUGUUAUGGCAACACAGAAGUCAUGCUUUUUGUUGACAAAGUGAACAAGAGAGAUGUCAAAAUCAGAUUUUUUGAAGAAGAUGACGAGGGUGAAAUUAUUUGGCAAGCCUUUGGAACAUUCAAUGAGUGCGAUGUUCAUUAUCAGUACGGCAUUGUAUUUUUCACCCCUCAGUACAGGAAUUUAAAUCUUCAAAAUCAUGUUGAUGUAUUUUACGAGCUAGUGAGGCCAUCCGACGAUUCAAAAUCGACUGCAAUUCCAUUCACGUAUCUUCCUGACUUAAAUGGGUGCCCCUGCAAGAAAAGAAAAUUUGAAGAUGAUUUAGAUUUAGAUACUGACCAACUGGUGUCUUCAAUUCCCUUUGAGAGAAAUGCGUUGAACGAAGUUGAGGAUGAAGUUUUCCCUGAUCUCGAGAUGCCAAGCAACACCUGUUCAAGAGAACUGUCUUCUAACAACGAAUCAGAAUUCGAUGAACUACUACCAGAUAUCGAGUCUCUACUGAAUGCAAUUGAGGCGGAUGGAGCCAGUAGGACUAUGAGCAGUUUCGAACAUUCAACUGAAGAAAAUAUUCAGGAGAGAAUUUGGCUUUCCAUUGUUGAAGAAAACAUUGCAUCCCUGACGGAAAUAGCGAUUAAACAUCAAGAAGCUAAAUAUUUGUUUGCUGAAUUCAACAACUCGGGCCAGUCAGCCAUCCACUUGGCCACUACCACUGGAAACCAGGAAAUUGUCUCUUUCUUGCUGACCCAUGAAGUUGACGCGGCGAUUGCAGAGAAGAGUGGAGGGCUGACUCCACUGCACAUUGCUGCCCGAGGCGGGCAUGAGGCUUGCGUGAAGCUUCUGGUGAGGGAAGCUGCUUCCUCUAUUGAUGUCCGCGACUGGAAAGGACUGACUGCCCUUCAUUAUGCUGCUGCGACUGGACACAGAGGCAUUUGCGAAGUCUUGUUGGAUGCCGAGUCUGACCCUGAAACGCUGAACUUAGAGGGUUUGACUCCAUCUGAAAUUGCUGAAGGGAAUGAAGCGCUGGUGCAGCUAUUCAGAAAAUAUAGUGAUAACCUUGAAGAUCAAAUUUCUGUGAUGAAGAUCGAGUCUAAAUGAGAUAUAAAGAUAGAUCUCUUGAGUCCGUUUGAAAUCCUAAGUGCUGUCAUUUAGUAAAAUGGUAUGCUAAGAGUACAGCUAUAUAUUUCUGAAGUUUACAAUUAUUUGACAUUUUGUUAUAUGUUUUAAAUUUCAUAUAAUUAAGGAAUCCCAUUGUUUCAAGGGAUGAGGAUCCAAUUAUUUUAUUGUGUAUAUGAUGUAUGUCUCGUGGAAAACGCCAGAUAAGCUAUUUGUUCGAUUUGAAUCAGUCCCUGAAUGCUUAUUUAUUAUGCAUAAAUAAACAUCAAGUAGUUACGGUA